ACAGAUUCGGUCAGUAUGCGCAAAUGCCUAACGAAUGUUACAUUCUGCUAUUGAUCUAUUUGGAUCGUAUCAGCCAAAACUACCCGUCAUUCUGUAUUAACUCGUUCAACGCCCAUCGAAUGAUCUUAACAGGGCUUGUGUUGGCUGCCAAGUUCUCACAAGACAGGUACUUCACGAACACUCACUAUGCGCGUGUAGGUGGACUCCCAGGCCGAGAGUUGAAAGCCUUGGAACUGGAGUUCCUAGCUCGUAUCACCUACGCAUUGUGGGCCGAUUCGCACCUGCUCGAGGCGUAUUGGCAGCAACUACUGCAGUAUGCACAGCGCAAUACCCACCAGAGACGACAUCAACCACUUGCGGGGGCGAUCCAAAACCCACCAGGACAGGUGCAAGCCAGGCAUAAUGGCCUUCCUAUGCCGCCCGCACAGGCAGGCGCUUUUUCGAUAGACAACACUCGAGUAGCGGGCCAGGGAGGUGCCCCAGGAACUGGCACACACCCCGCGAAUGUGCCUUACCACGAGGGGUUUGACCCGAGGUUAGGCGUACAAGCAGCCCAGAGGAAUGUUGAGCCGCAGCACUCGCCAGCGCCAACGCAACCGCAGGAUAUGUACUCGCAGAAUAGCACUGUUCAGGCGAGCGGUAGGCAGGCACACAUGGACACGCAUCCACAGCCGCAUUCACCAUACAGAGGUGUAUCGUUAGAAAGGACACAAGAGUACCACGAGAAUAAACCGGCCCAAUACUGGCCACAGACACGGACUGAGGGGGAGGAUGCGGUCAAACUGCACCAAAACACAGCACUAGCAGCCGAGCAUAGCACGGCAACGGGGCAUGUAGUAGAGAGACGCACUGAACGUAUUCGGAAGAAGUCGAGGCAGAGCAUUGGGGACACCUGCUCAUCGCCCACACAGUACGUUGGCGAGAGCGAGACAGAGUUCAUACCGCCGCACAACAAGGUAGAGGUGCAGCAAGGCACACAGGCGUCUGGACACAGGAAAAUGUUUCUGCAGUCACCAAAACGUAUGGGUAUGGUGGUAGAACCAGGACUACCACAGCCGUACACAGGUAUGGGUAGCGGCACGGAAGGGAGGGCGCUCACACAAGCACAGGAAACAGCGGAACUCCAAGCACGCGCACAUAUAGACGCACACACAGACGCCCAAGCACAAGCAAACGCACAACUCCACGCUCAUACGCACCCUCAGCACCGACAACAAUCUCCGCUGGAGCCGCCUUUGGGCCGGUACACCUCCUCUAGCGCGAUGGCAGUGCCUGGCGCAAGCGUGGAUAUCAGUCCCAGGGCACCUCUAGCACAGGCGUACUCGUCCAGUUAUGGGAGUGACCUGAGCAGAAUAAGUGGAAACAGCAACAAGAGCGCGCCGCAAGACGUGGAUCGGGCGCUCUCCAGUAACAGCCAUAGCAGUCCCACCGGUCUGGUUGUGGGGUCCGCAACGUCCGAGCAGUUGAGCUCGCCGCCGUUGAACGAAGAAAACUUUAGAUAUAAGCUGCUACAUAGGCAAAGACAACGACUGAAAAGCGU